CCCUAGCUCCCUCCGGAUGCUACCCGGCCGCUCGGGCUAUGCUGUGGGAGCGUCAUGGCGGUGCACCGGGGACCCUCAACCAAAUGGCUCUUCACCCGGGACCAGCUUGAAAACACGCCGUCUCGACGCUGCGGGAUCGAGGCCGACAGGGAGCUUUCUUAUCGACAACAAGCUGCCAACCUCAUCCAAGACAUCGGCCAGAGGCUCAACGUCUCUCAACUGAUCAUCAACACCGCUAUAGUGUACAUGCACAGAUUUUAUAUGAUUCACUCGUUCACCAAGUUCCACAGAAAUGUUAUUUCCCAAACAACCUUGUUCCUGGCAGCUAAAGUUGAGGAGCAGCCCCGGAAACUGGAGCACGUCAUUAAAAUAGCUCAUGCCUGCAUAAACCCCCAAGAGUCUGCACUAGACACUAAGAGCAAUGCAUUCCAUCAGCAGUCACAAGAGCUUGUAGCACUGGAAACCAUCGUCCUGCAAACGCUGGGUUUUGAAAUCACUAUAGAUCAUCCACACACUGAUGUUGUGAGGUGCUCCCAGCUGGUACGAGCAAGCAAGGAUUUGGCACAGACUUCCUAUUUCAUGGCUACCAACAGGUUAUUAUCCUGUUCCCAUUAUGGCACUUUAAUGGCACACUAUAGCUUCCUGUCCUGCAGGACCCCUUCCUGUGUCCAUCACCCUGUGUGCAGCUGGACCCUGGAAAUCCAGAACCGGCCAGGCUGCUGUAUGCGGUGUAUUGUACAAGGGCUUUGGCACAGAGGGGUUGAAUGCACAGCGUGGAAUGUAGUGGUGUCUCUUACCUCUCACGGUUGUUUGGUACACAGUGCAUAGGUUAAAAACACUCAGAUGGUAGCCUGAGUAGAGUUUAGUAUAGCCUUGUUUUUGUUGUUUUGGUUUUUUUUAAACACCCCAAAUUAACCAACAUAUACCCACCAAACUACACUGCAAACUGAAUGUGGCUUCCAUAGGGGGCAUGAGAGUCUUGGAGGACCCUUCAUGUCCUCAGUUUUGUUCUUUAAAGCAGUUCCAAGAUGGCGACGUGAGACAGAUUUUAUGGUGCACACACAAAAUGAAUGUUUUUUGUAGGGAGUCACUCCUCACAAAUGUCAACACGGACUUAGUUUCCAUUUUAGGACAUUCAGUAAAAGACUAAAAGAUCUGAUGUCCCUUUUCUCCAUUUUUGUAUUAUUGUAGUCAAUUAGGGGGUGCUUGACUCCUAAACUAUGAUAUUACCUGAUGUAAAUGCUCCGUGCCAAGCCCAAGCAGAAGGUUAGCUCUGGCACAAGUACACCCACCGGCGUCCGACCGUCUCAAAAGAAUGUGCGUCUUGCUCCUGCACAUCAAAUUAGUGAUGAUAAUAACCACCACCUUGAAUCACAUAUAUAACGACACCGACUGUGCGUACGGACAAAUUUGUGCUUAAAUCGUACACAAUAUUUGACACACAAAUCUGUGAUUCAUCAGUGUUCUUCUGUGAAUUUAUUCUUACUCUGCGAACAAAUUUAGAACCUCCUCAGACUCUGCCUACGCACGGUGGUGAGAAGAAAAUUGGCCGGUGGAGACGUGUCAUGAAUGUGAUGGUGAUUUUGCAUAUACACUGAAAUUGUGCGCAGAAUAAGAACAUUUCUCCACAUCCAAUAGUGAAUGAGGCCCAUUGUGACUUCCCAAUCAUAUAAGGUGUGAGUGAGUCCCGGGUCAAGUUCCCAAUUCGAGGCUUUCCCCAUGCUUUGCUGACAGGAAGUUUGCAGUGGAGUAUAGGAGUGUGGGUGUAGGAGUUGUCCUGUAAGAGGCUUCAUUUCCAUUGUUUCUCAGCCUCACAUUCCACAUGGCCUCUUACUGGUCACUUAAAGAAUGAACUGACUGAGAAACAACAUUUUUAACAUUGAAGGCCACCCCCAUUUUUUGAAUAUCAUAAUUUAAGUCAAAAUCUUAGUGUUGAGGUGAGGCCUUGUGUAUGUGAUGUAGACUGAUUGACCUGUGCAUUCCAGCUGAAGCCAUUUUUCCAUCAAACAGUACAGUUUAGUUUUCCCCAUUAUUAAAAGUUGUGGAUAUUUCCAACCUGUGCCCGCAGGCUUUUGUCAGGAUACUAAACUUGUUCACUUCUUUUUGAUUGGCGUACACACACACACCCUGUGAGUUAGACAAGCCUGUACUGUGUAGACCAAACUGAAGCGUUCUGCUUUGGUGGAAACAUGUCGUGCUAUGAUUGAAGGCGUCGUCUUUUAAAAGCAUUUAGCUGACCUUUGUCUUUUGUCCCGUUGUCGUCCUCUUCCCCGACAGUUUGCACCUCACCACGUUCUGCCUGCAGUAUC